AUGGCAAAACCUCCACCAUUGAGUGAUGACACGGCCGUAUGGAGUGAAGUCCUUUACGGUGAAGCGUUUCCAACCGUCAGACAGCUGUUUGUCUGUGGAAGUGAGAAAACGGACGAUCAGGGACGUAUGGGGCUCGCGCCCGGUUCAGCGCAGGGACUGGAUCUGGAAAGUCUUUGUUUCCUUCUCAGAACGGCGCAUACCGUCACUAAGAAGCAAUUAGCGCCGAUAUGGUGGCGUCCCGAUCCCAAUGCGAGUAUCAGAUGCGAUGACGUAGCCGUCAAACAGCUGUUUGUCUGUGGGAGUGAGGAAAUGGACGAUCAGGAACGUAUGGGGCUCGCGCCCGGCUCAGUGCAAGGACUGGAUCUGGAGAGCCUUUAUUUUAGCGGGCAUUAUUACUUUGACAGUGGUAGCGCCGUCGUUCUCACGCGUCUCCGUUCGGCAUUUACUGAAAUUGAAGCCGAAAAUACGCACGCUGAAUGA